AUGUCGGCUAAUACAGAUAGCCAAUUAACGCGGCAAAUUGAAAAAUUGAAGAUAAGUCGAGAAGACAACUGCAAUAGUGCAUCUAGACAAGACCCAGGUUCUUUUUUUCCUUCAAACAAAGUGAUGAAUAUACCCAAAAAACAAGAAGCUUUUUCAAAGAGUCACGAGAGCUCGUUAUCGUCUGUUUCUUCGUUGGCUACGGAAGCACAGUUACAAGCUGAUUCUCAGGAGAUACAAAACAACAAUAAUGUUCAACUGCAACCGCAACUGCAACCGCAAUCGCUGCACUCAUCUUUCCGACGUAAGAAUUCCGUACGGAUGUUCAAUCGAAGCCAUUUUAGUUUGAGUCCUAUGUCGCCAAACUCAUCUAAUGCAUCCUCGGCUUUCCCUAGCAUAAACAGCUCGCCAAAUGAUUCUUUUCUUAGAGAAGGCCCCAAAAUACACUCAAAGUUGUAUUGUGAGGACCUUGGCUUGAACAAUAAGUCAGCCAAGGAUGUAUUGAGUAGAUUGUCUACCGAUGAGCUAAGAUCGGUCAAAACGCACACCGAGUUGGCAGAAACAGCAAAUGGUGUGCGCAUGCUAGCCAAGAACUUGUCGAGGGCAACAAUUCAACUAGACGUUAAAGCAAUUUUGAUAAUAACAAAAGCAAGAGACAAUUCGUUGGUCUAUUUGACUAAAGAGGUGGUUGAAUGGUUAUUGAGCCAACAUGAAGAUAUGACUAUAUAUGUCGAUUCUAAAUUGGAAAACUCCAAGCGCUUCAAUAGCCAAUCAAUUAUUCAAGAGUAUCCUGUGGCAAAAAAGCAAUUGAAGUACUGGAAUAAGCAAUUGACACUAAAGUCGCCAGAAUUGUUCGACUUGGUUGUUACUUUAGGUGGAGAUGGGACUGUACUUUACGUGUCGAAUCUAUUUCAAAAAAUCGUUCCACCAGUAUUGUCAUUUGCUUUAGGAAGUUUAGGAUUUUUGACCAAUUUCAAAUUUGGUGACUAUAAGGAACACUUGAAUCAAUGUAUUGCUUCUGGUGUCAAGGCAAAUUUGAGAAUGCGGUUCACGUGCAGAGUUCACACGGCUGAAGGAAAGUUGCUUUGCGAGCAACAAGUGCUUAACGAAUUGGUGGUUGAUCGUGGCCCAUCGCCAUUUGUCACGAUGUUGGAGCUUUAUGGAGAUGGUUCAUUGCUUACAGUUGCACAAGCAGACGGAUUGAUAAUAGCCACCCCUACAGGUUCCACUGCCUACUCUUUAUCUGCAGGAGGUUCCUUAGUGCACCCAGGAGUAAGCGCUAUUAGUGUUACACCCGUUUGCCCGCAUACGCUAUCGUUCAGGCCGAUACUAUUACCAGAUGGCAUGUUUUUGAAGGUCAAGGUUCCACUGAGCAGUAGAUCUACUGCAUGGUGUUCUUUUGAUGGUCGAGUAAGGACCGAGUUGAAGAAGGGAUACUAUGUAACAGUUCAGGCAUCUCCGUUCCCGUUUCCCACCGUGAUUUCCUCCAAGACAGAAUACAUUGAUUCUGUAAGUAGGAAUUUGCAUUGGAAUAUUCGAGAACAACAGAAACCAUUUAGUUCGUAUUUGAAACCAGAAACGAAAAGAUUACUUGCGGAGACUCAACAAGGGGGAGCAGCCACCGGUGGUGGUGGUGAUGGUGGUGGUGGUGACGCAGCAGCAAAAGAUGCGGAAGAAGAUUUCGAUAUAAACAAUGACGACAAUUAUCAAGUUUUAGAGGUAAAAUCAAAUUCAAGUCAAGAAGCAAGUGAAACCACUAGUGAAGAUUUUACAUACUUGCCUUCUAGUGGCGGUACACAAACCCCGCAUAAUGCCAAUUAUCAAAAUGAAGAAGAAAGAUGCUGCUAUGCUCACCCUCAUGCAAGAAUACACCUUAAUGGGGAUAAAAAUGGAUAA